AUGGCCAACGUGUUGUUCAGCGCUCAGUCAGCCUUCGUCGUCCUUAUGCUGAUGUUUAGAUUGUCCGGUUUGUCAAUCGCUAGACCUGCUCAAUCUUCUUCAGUUCAAGGGACAAAAGAAAGGUUGGCAAUUCUGACAGCGAUUAAACUCACGCGAAAGUCUUACGAUCUGGAUAUCUGCAACACAGGCUUGAGUUUAUAUUUAUCCAGGAAGCGAAUCAACAAGAAGAAUUGUCGAUUUACACUCAUGGAUGCCAGAAUGCUUGUGCCCCUGUUACACGAAGAAGAGAUAGCCGCCAGAAUGUACGUGUGGUGUAGGACAGCUGAGCUUUACCACAGCUUGUCCCAAGGGCAAAGGAAAAGCUUUGACGUCAGUUCUCUGGACAAAUUCCAAGGGGAUAUCAUCCUCAAACGGACUGACGUGGAUCUGAUCCUUGGGCCAUUCUUCCCAAGCAGGGAUCUUAGAAUCGAAGCGUUCGACGCCGCGAGGAAGUUUUGGACUCAGGGGUCUGCGAGGCGUGUGAAACGAAAGCUGGUGCCCUUUAGGACACAACACUGGCCAAAUGCUAUUGUUCACUACAAGAUCACCAGAGCGGAUUUCACACCCAUUACUCUUGACACAAUAGCUGAAGCCAUCGCCAUGUGGGAGAAAGAUACCUGCAUCCGCUUUGUAGAGUCCAACAAGCGCUUCUUCCAGCCCCAUGUUAACUUCAGGAAGGGGAGCGGAUGUUCCUCUGCAAUUGGCGUCAGCCCGCACGGUCAAUUCAUCUCCAUUGGAGACGGAUGUGAAAGUAUUGGGAUCAUUUCUCACGAGAUCGGACACGCCUUGGGAUUCUAUCAUGAGCAGUCUCGCCCUGACAGGGACCGAUACGUGGAUAUCGCCAAAGACAACAUUAGAUCAGAUCCUCUCCAGUUCGCCAAGAUCGACUGGGACGCUGGAAUGACACUGGGGAUUCCUUAUGACUAUGCCUCUGUCAUGCACUACAGGUCGACGCAAUUGAGCAUUGACGCCUUCAAACCGGUCCUCGUGGCCAAAGAUACCGAUAUGCAGCAAGUCAUGGGCCAGCGAGAAGGGCCCUCCUUUUUGGAUGUGAAAUUGGCCAACAGGAACUAUUGCUCCCGUUCAUGUUCGUCUACUACAUUAGAGUGGGACGAGUGUAAAAACGGUGGCUACAGAAACCCCAACGACUGCAAUUCCUGCGUCUGCCCCCGGGGACUGGCCCCACCCAGGUGCGAGGCUCCUAGCAAGGGCAUCAACGCGGAUUGUGGCCAACAGAUUCUAAUGGCUACCCAGAGCGAGCAAAUUCUCACUUCUCCAGGAUAUAACAAGAUUUCUGGUUUUAAUCCCGAAGCUUUCUGUCCAUGGAUGAUUAAGGCGUCCACUCCGGGCAAAAGGGUUCGUCUGCAAUUCACAGGGAAGUUUUACUUCACCGAAGAUCCUGUCGUGUGUGAAGAUUACGCCGAGGUCCGCUACAAAGACAUAUCCCGGCCAGGCCCAAGAUUCUGCGCAGAAACUGUUCCUGAGAGGGUCUUCCGGUCUCACGGGUCGGAAAUGCUUGUGUUUGCACACUCACUCUUUGUUCAUUGGUGGCAAGGUUUUCAAGCUAUAUACGCUGAAGAGAACUGUGGGCGCUGCUCGGCUGACGCCAGUAAUGACGAGCCCACGUGUCUGAAGACAGUGAAAUAUGAUUGUUCCCCCGAGAACGUGUGUGUCCACAAAGGCUGCCCACCCGGGCCCUCCAUAGAGACGGAGGUGUGCGGUUCCGGUCUCUGUCCUACAGGCCCAGUCAUGAGAUCAUACACGUGCGAAAAGACGUUGGAGAACUGCGACAUGGGAUGGUUCAUUCGAGUCAAAAAGAACUGUAAAAAAACGGCUAUCUGCACAGUGAUGGAAGACAGUCCCGCUUGUUGUCGUGGUAACCCUGUCUUGGGACGAUGCAUAUAG